CUUUGUCAACUUCACUAUUUCCAUAUUGUCUUCCAUUUUCUUUGUGUAUUAAAAAACUUGAUGGAGAACUAUCAAAUGCAUUUUGAUUGUGGUGAUCCACAUUUGCCUCCUGGUUUUCGAUUUCACCCUACUGAUGAAGAGCUUAUUACUUACUAUUUGCUGAAGAAAGUUUUGGAUUCCAACUUUACUGCUCGUGCUAUUGCUGAAGUUGAUCUCAAUAAAUGUGAACCUUGGGAACUUCCUGGGAAAGCCAAGAUGGGAGAAAAAGAGUGGUACUUUUUCAGCCUACGUGAUAGGAAAUACCCAACAGGUCUGAGGACCAACAGAGCUACUGAGGCUGGUUACUGGAAAGCUACUGGAAAAGAUAGGGAAAUUUUCAGCUCAAAGACUUGUGCACUUGUUGGUAUGAAGAAAACCCUAGUUUUCUAUAGAGGUAGAGCUCCAAAAGGAGAGAAAAGUAAUUGGGUUAUGCAUGAAUAUCGUCUUGAUGGCAAAUUUGCCUAUCACUAUAUCUCCAGAAGUUCUAAGGAUGAGUGGGUGAUCUCGAGGGUUUUUCAAAAGAGUGCUACUGCUAUUACUGGUACAGCCACUUCAAAUGGUGGCAAAAAAAGGCCAAGUUCAAGCAUCAACAACAUGUACCAGGAAGUAAGUUCACCCUCCUCCGUCUCUCACCUCCCUCCGCUCCUCGAUUCAUCUCCCUACAGCACCACUGCCACUUCCUCAUCAGUCGUCAUCAGUGCUCGCGAUCAUAGCUUCAAAAAGGAGCACGUGUCCUGUUUCUCCACAACAGCAACAAACAGUGCUACUAUCGACCCGCAUUCUGUCUUUGACAUUUCCAACACCUUGCAUGCACUUCCUUUCACUCACUAUGGACGGAACUCGACUUUCCCUAGCUUAACAUCUCUUCACGAGAACCUCCAGCUUCCGUUGUUCUCCGGUGGAGCCUCCGCCAUGCACGGAGGGUUUUCGAAUUCCAUUGGUAAUUGGUCAGUACCAGAGACUCAGAAAGUGGAGCAGUCUGAACUCGACUGUAUGUGGACUUACUGAAUGUGCAUGUUUAAUCCAAGUGUUUUGUUUAUUUUAAUCAGUACUUUUUAUCGAUCGGAUAGUGAAAAUAUCAAAUUAUCGUUUUAAGCAAAAUUUUAGUUCAUCGGAUUAUCGUUUUAAUCAGUUUGUAAGUGUGUGAAUGUUUUUGAUAAAGUUGUGUGUUUUGGUUCUGUAAGGGGAAUGUACUCUGUGUGUGUGUGUGUGGCAGCUUUAGUAGUAUUGUCAUUUUGUUGUAAACGUUCGGCGUAAUUUAAUGCAAGUUAAGUAGCAUUAUUUAUUG